CGGAGCUCGUGGAGGAGGCGCGGCUUCCACUGCCCCUCCGCCGAAGCAGCUGUAUGGACGACCACCUCAGCCUCCUCCACUCGCCUCCGCCUUCCUCGAGCAAGCGCCGGGGCAACAACCUCGUGAACCACGGCUACACGGAAGACAUCAUGACAAUUGCUGCGGACAACAUGCUGGAGGAGUCGGCGGCGCUGCCCGGGCACCACUCUCUGGAGCGCUACGAGCCGGACCACGAGUGCUGCGAGAGAGUUGUCAUCAACAUCUCGGGCUUGCGCUUCGAGACGCAGCUCAAAACCCUGUCCCAGUUCCCCGAGACUUUGCUUGGCGACCCCAAGAAGAGAAUGCGCUACUUCGACCCCUUGAGAAACGAGUAUUUCUUCGACCGGAAUCGGCCGAGCUUCGAUGCCAUCUUGUAUUAUUACCAAUCCGGAGGGCGCAUACGGAGACCCGUCAACGUUCCCAUAGACAUUUUCUCCGAGGAGAUACGCUUUUACGAGCUCGGGGAGGAGGCCAUGGAGAAAUUUCGAGAGGACGAGGGUUUCAUAAAGGACGAGGUGCGUCCCUUGCCCGCCAACGAGUUUCAGCGACAGGUGUGGCUGCUCUUCGAGUACCCGGAGCUCGGGUCCGGCCAGGGCAUCGCCAUCGUCUCGGUGCUGGUCAUUUUGAUAUCCAUCGUCAUCUUCUGCCUGGAAACGCUGCCCGAGUUCAGGGACGACAGGGACCCGACGACGGUCGCGCCGCUGGCGAACGCGACCCUCCCGUUCUUCAGCAGCCCUUUCUCCGACCCGUUCUUCGUGGUGGAGACCCUGUGCAUCAUCUGGUUCUCCUUCGAGCUGCUCGUGCGCUUCUUCGCGUGCCCCAGCAAAGCCACGUUCUCCAAGAACAUCAUGAACAUCAUCGACAUCGUGGCCAUCAUACCCUACUUCAUCACUUUGGGGACCGAGCUCGCGGAGAGGCAGGGCAACGGCCAGCAGGCGAUGUCCUUGGCCAUUCUUAUCAUCAGACUGGUGCGCGUGUUUCGGAUUUUCAACUCGCGGCACUCCAAAGGCCUCCAGAUUCUGGGGCAGACGCUCAAAGCCAGCAUGCGCGAGCUGGGCUUGCUGAUCUUCUUCCUCUUCAUCGGGGUCAUCUUAUUCUCGAGCGCCGUCUACUUCGCCGAGGCUGACGAUCCCGACUCGGGCUUCAACAGCAUCCCCGACGCGUUCUGGUGGGCGGUGGUUACCAUGACGACCGUGGGAUACGGCGACAUGCAUCCAGUCACCAUAGGGGGCAAAAUCGUCGGCUCCCUGUGCGCGAUCGCGGGCGUGUUAACUAUCGCUCUGCCGGUGCCCGUCAUCGUGUCCAACUUCAACUACUUUUACCACCGAGAGACUGAGGGAGAGGAGCAGGCGCAGUACCUCCACAUCGGCAGCUGCCAGCCCCUGUCCUCCUCCGAGGAGCUGAAGAAGACGAGGAGCACGUCUUCGCUCAGCAAGUCGGAGUACAUGGUCAUCGAGGAGGGCGCCUUCAAGCAGCCCAACUUUCCCGCCCAGAACAACCAGAACUGCGUGAACAUUAAAAAGAUGUUCACGGACGUGUAGGCUCUUCCGGUCAGCCCGAGUCGAGGGCUGCUGAGUGUGUCGCCCUCCAUCUCCACGACGCGGAGGAAAUGGUUACAUGUUUAACGCGCCAGUCCCGUGCAGUGUUUUAUCACUUGUUUGAUUGAACCAUUUUACUGUGAGGUGGAAGCCGCUGCCGGCUUUCAGUCCGUUUGCUGUCUUUAGGGUCCGCUCAUUCGUGCAGGCGAUACGUGACAUCAGUGUGGCAAGCCGCUUUAACAGCUGUUGCGUAAAAUGAAGUAGAGUCUGUUUUCAUCUUACUAGAAAUUUUGAUAUCAAUUAAUUCAUCUGUGCGGGUUCAAUUGCUAUUGUAACAAUUUGCAGAUAC